GAUCUGUCAAGCCCACCAAGCACCUUACCACUUCCUAGUUCAGUGAUUCACUCAAGAAGAAAGAUUAAUGAGAUUCUCCUACCGUUCCAGUCUCACCUGAACUUGAACGCUUUUUGGCAUUCAACUACCCAACCCUCUGUGUUUAUAAUGUCCCUUUAGUUUGCUGGUGGACGGAAUCAUGCAGGCACCGGACUUCAAAGUAAUUGUGCAAUCCGAUAACGAUGACGCUGCGCAUAGCCCACAGGCAAGGCAACCUUUGGGUCUUUGUAUUCUGAGACCGAAACCCGAACCUUCAGUUACGUACACUUCAGCGCCAUCUCCAAAUGGAGGAACGAUUGGCAACUUCCCGGAUUACGCGAAGAAUGAGCAACUGGAUUUCAAGCCACAGUGCACUUCCGAACGGUCAUUUAAAACUGAAGAAGAUGCUCCUGUGAACUCUUCGGAUGAACAUUGCGCGGUUAGGUCCAUGACAGCACCUUCCUUGUCUGAGCAAGAGCAACGACCUCAUAAAUGCGAACAUUGUGGCAAAUCAUUUACUAGUAAUCGCAACAAGAGAAGACAUCUCAGAACCGUUCAUUUGAUUGCAGUUUUGCAACGUCACAAAUGCCAAUACUGUGAGAAAUCCUUUCCCCUCAUGAACGUUCUCCGAAUGCACGAACAGUCUGUUCAUUUGACUCAACAACCCUACACAUGUUGGCAUUGUGGUAAAUGGUUUGCUAAGAGUUGUGCUAUGCAUAGACACCUCAGAGUUGUUCAUUCAGGUGAACGAGCCCACACCUGUGAGUAUUGUGAGAAGACUUUUGACCAAAAGAAGAACCUCCAGUUUCACAUUGCCUCCAUCCACUUCACGUUCCGAAGCGAUACACAAAGACACUCAGAAAACGAAAGCUGUAGCGACCACGAUCAGACUGCUGCAACCGGAGCUUUAUAAGCAGAGGCUACUGGUGCAAACUCUAAGUCUACCGUGGCCCUGACAAGAACUCAUUCAGAUGGAACACUGGUGACGACUGGACUUUGAUCACUUCUUCGGUUUACCCAUCAUUGUUCUACAGGUUAGUAAGCUCUGUCUGGUGAGGUCAGGUUAAAUCAGCGUCCAACAAAGCUACAGUCCGGAGCCUCCAGAAUCCAUUAGUGUAAAUACUGAUGGAAUCUACUAAGCCAUUUCACACCGUUUUCAUCCGCUUCCAUGCUGACUUUCAACAGCGUAUUCCUGCUUCUGUGUACCUUGUAAAUGUAAGUAACUGGUGCAAUGUGCCGAAAUCAGUAUUCUGAAAUUUUCAGACGCAUUAUCCACAAACAUUUGUCAAUGUUGUGAUGCAACCUACUUCUUUCUUCGAUCUGAUAAUCUACAGACCGUUCUGAUUAUCAUUUCUUCAUUGGCCGUGAGUGGUCAGCUCAUGGACAGGAUAUCAACUACCAACUAUCUUGGAGCUUUUUAUAUCCCUAAAGCUGUUUUCUUCUAUCCAUUUUGCCGAACCCUACCACAAAGUUACAAGGCUUUCCUUUUAUGCCUUCAUGGUUAAAAUGUUUUCGGUAUCACGUGAUUUGAUUUCUAACUUGGCAACUACAUGCAUUUUGCGUCACUGGCUGUACUGUUCCCUAGUUAUGUUUCCUGGGUAUCUUUGAAAAUGUACACACUGUUUGUUAUGCUCGCCAACAGUUAUUUGUUGACUUUGUUGUCAACAAACAUUUAGACGCUUGUAAUAGUUUUCCUUUUAAUCUUCUAAACUACCCUUCUCGUCCAUUACACAGCGUUUUGUCAUAAUCGCUAUCUGUUUCUCUCGUAUUGCUUCUUACCAAAAUUAUACCCUACCGUACUUUCACGACCACUUGUUGACCGAACGAAAUUCAAUAAAAUCGUACGCAUUUGUUUGCUUUGGUACUGUAUUAGACACAUUAUUUAUUUUUAUCUAUUAACGUUAUGCAUAUCUCUAUUCACAUCGAUUGUGU